ACAUAUGCCGUCUCAGACCCGAGCAUCCUCUCCAAGGACCGAGACAUUCGAAUCUUUAGCUCUAUCUUCUUCGUCAUCUGGGCAUUCCUCCCGAUACCUGUCGUCGGUCUCGCUUUCCUCCUACGACAGACACCCAUCGCAACCUUUGACGUCGAUGAGAAGGCAAUCAAUGCUCCGACCAUCUCCACAGAGAACGGACGCGAAGAGAACUCUUGCGCGACAAGUAGCGAAGGGACCGUCGUUGAAAGGGAUCUCAUCAAGAAGUCGAACGAGAAGAUUGGUAUCCCCCAAGUCGUUGAUAGUAGUCGCUACAUCCCACUUACGGGCUAUGGUACCACACCUCUCACUCGUUGGGAGCUUUGGGAGAAUGCCGUGGUUGUUAUCAUACUGGCAAUACUCCUCACGAUAGAACAAGGUGUCCGAGUUGCACAAGUGUACUACCUUCCAAAACGCG